UGAUCAAGCAAGGCGAGGCACUGCCUCCCUCAUCUCCUCCUUUGUCGUGUCAACAUCACCUCUUUCCAUCGCCCGCAAUCGCACCGCUCCGUUUUCAUCAAGAAAGGAAGGAUACUCGUAGACGAGAGAGCUUUGGGAAAUGCGAGACUUCUGAGAAAGGAGGCAGAGAGCAUCCCCGCAUUUAGAGCAUCGCCUCUACCAUUUCACUUCGAACGGAAGCCUUGACGCGCGCACACACGAAGCGAAGGAACCAGAAGAGUGUAGGGGUCCUAGGAGCUCGAGAUGGCGUCCUCGAUCGUUGCACCGCCACGACGGUCAUCGCAAGCAACACCUCAAAAUAAUCACAAUGGCCUUGUGAACCACGACAGACCCCUCGGGCUUGGGCUCGGCCUGGCUCUCAACGCCGAGGACGACGUCGUGAAGGUCCCAAGAAAGUUGCAGCUGGUAGCAACACCCGAAGCCGACGAGCCCACGCCUCGGAACACCAAUGUGUCCUUUGCAGACAACCAGCAGCAGCAGCAGCAGCAGCAGCAGCUCUCUCCUACAUCAGUCCACAGCUUCCACAGUCGUCCCUCCGAGGAAGCAAGGCCGCAAAUGCAUUCUCGUCAACCAAGCAGCGCCACAUCCGAAGUCGAUAUGGGCGUGCAGCUGGAUUUGGCAUUGAGCUAUAUCAGUCGAGGGCCUCUUGCGGGUACUGCCCUCUCUCAGGCUUCUUCAUCAAGGCCAGCCUCUUCUGCUUACUUUUCCUCGUCGAGACCACGUCAGAAGAUCCAGCAGUUCUCAUCCCAAAAGAACAACCCACAUACACCAGGCUCUCUGCGGCACGGUCCCUCCCGGCUUGGUCCUAAGAACAGCAAAGGCGUCAGCAGCAGUGGACAAGACGAAGCAACGGCCUCAGGAAUACGCUCAGCGACCGUUGAUGAUUUUCGGACGGCCCUAGAGCGACUCAACGAGAUGAAGGUAUACAUUCGGAGCCACUCGUCACAAUCGAGAGUGGCCGAAGGGGAACCUGACGCUUCCACCUCGGCAUCCGCACUCCCACCCGUGCCGCUUCCGCCGCUGAUGCAAUCACCUGCGUCUUCAGCCCUGUCACCAGGUGGUAUGGACGGGAGAACAUCGCCCCCGCUCUCCUGGACGGGCAUGGCGAAGCGCCCUGCAUCGAAUGCGCCUUUGGCCAGGUCUGAGGAUAUCGCUCAUCUGCUCACACAAGCUCGUGCUCUGGCUCAGCCAACCGCGCUCUUUGCCAAUGCAAAGCAGGAGGAGCCUCAAAGGAGAACGCUUGCGCCGCAAAGACCGCCACGGAAAUUACGAAGCCGAAUGGAGCUCCGAUCACCUCACGCCGAAGGCGUGGGCCAGGAACAGCAGAAAGAAGAGGACAGAGCGGAAGGAAGCAUGGGCCGCAGAUCGCGGAGCGGUCUGAUGACGUCUGCCUCGACACCAGAAGGAGCACUGGGCAGGGUUCCUCUCGAUUCUGGCUCAAGCACCAGUGGUUCCAUCGAAGGGAAUGAAGAGGAUCGAGACCAAAAGGAAAAAGGGGAGGAGAUGGAAGAAGUUUUGACGCAUGAAGGUGCGCCGAGGCAGCAACAGCAAAGAGGCGUCAGAAGAAGAGGCAGUAAUGUGGCACAACCGGGUCCAGAGGGCAAGGGUCUCACCAUCGAAGUUUCUAAAAGUCAGUCGAGCGAUGCAGCCACCGAAGUAGACGCUCUGAGAGCUGGACUGCGCUUUGUCAUAGGAUGUUACGACGACCUGCAUCAGCAACAACAAAAGCCUGGCUAUGGAGGCGUCUCAGAAGCCAUCAUCGCACAUCUCACAAAAGAGCGCAUGCAGAACUUCUUCCCUCGAGAUUCUUCAAGCCCUGCUCCGGACAGCAGUGGAGCGGCGACUGAUGGAGCAUCAAACGAAGUAGGAACGUUGGCUACAAAUGCGAAGAAUACGGGAGCGCUACGGCCACGGAGCAGAUCAUUCCUCAAAGCAUUGGCGAAGGGAAAACCCUCGCUUGUCUCUGAUGCUGCUCGUUUCCGUCUAUCUAGCCACAGUACCGGCUUGAAUCGCAUUUCGCGCUUACCGACAAUCGACGCUCGGCGGCUGGAAGCUACGAGUGGCUUCGCCGGCGAUGGUGGCUACUCGCAUGGUGUAGUCGGACCAAGCAAUCGGCUCAGUAUGAUGACGUCGUUGACUCCAGUCGAGUCGCCCAGCAAGGACGACGGGACUUCCUCCGACGUCACAAGCUCUUCGCAUAAUCCUGGCCGGGCGAAUAUCGGAUCAAGAAGAAGGACGAACUCAAAUCCACUUUCUUCCUCCCUCUGGAGCGCUCGUAUCGGCGGUGGCAAGCUUUCGUCCCCCUCCGCUCGGAGCGAGUCAAAUCUGGGUGGUUUCUUCGAGAGCGAAAGCCCGGAAGCGUCUAACGGCAGUCGGUCCUCCCACGCUGAAGCGUUGAGAAAGGCCUACAACGACGUGGCGCGCAUCGCUGAAGAGAAGCGCACAAUGCAAGCGGAGAUGGAAGAGCUGAGCCAGGCAGUCUUUGCCGAGGCAAACGAAAUGGUCAGGAGCGAGCGCAUAAAAGCGGCAGCGUUGGACAAGGAACUUGAAAGCCUCCGAAAGGCCAUGGCGGCCGCUCAGCAGCAGAGAAAUGAAGAAGGGGAAGAGCUGAGCGAGAUUGAGCGAGGCGCAAAGGAUGAAAAUGAGGCACAGAUGAUGGCGGCCGUGGCGCAGGCUGCGCGGGAGACGGCAGAGGCCGAAGACGAGGCUGCUGCAUGGAAGCUCGAGGCCGAAAGCUUUGAGGAGCGCUGUCAGAUCCUCGAAGAGGCUUUAGCAAAGGCGAUGGAGCUCCUCGCUGAGCGCAACGACGCAAUGCACGCUGCAGAAGAUGACUCGAUGUCGAGGUCGGUCGCAGACGCAGAUGGAGAAUAUCUAGAGCAAGAUGAGGCAGAGAAAGAGGGAAAGAUCGUUGACAAUGAGACAACGUGGGCGCCUGGCGCUUGGCCUAUGAGCCUGACCUCAUCUUCUUCCUUCGAAGCUCCUGCAGAAUCUGUGGUGACGAAGGACAAGAGUCACUCAGUAGACAUGCUUCGAGCGCCACAGACAACUCAUGGACCCGGUCGCCGCAUCAGCAACACCCACGACGAGAUCUCAAGUUUGUCGCUGGCUGCUUCUCCCUCUCUCAGCCCUCACAGCGGUAUCUCGGGGUCCAUCCGUCGGAGCUCGGUAUUACCUCACCACGAGUUCAACGAAAGCACUGGCUCUUUCUAUAGUCUGGGAGAGGCCGAGAUAAGCGAUGAAGCAUCCAUAUCGCAGCGGCAAGCUUCGACAGUGGCUAAUCCGCCGGAAGCGGGAGGCCCGGGGAGCGAGAGCGAUGAUGGCAGCAGAAAGAUUGCUGGCUUUCCCUCAUUGUUGGCAUUAUCAUCGUCCAAACGGGAGGGGAAAUCGCUCGUUGGAGACGAAGACAACCCGGAACCGGAAGAAACUUUGCGCCUAAGCGAGAGGCCCAAAGACGCUGAGGAUCAUCAGGAAGACGAUGUGGAUGAUGAUACAAAGAAAGCAGGCUUUUACGAGAGCUCGUUGUCAGGCUUCAACACACCGGCUACGACGCCGGAGGAUGUUACGAUUCGACGAUCAUCAUCUGUCGAUACUCGCACUUACGGAGCUCGGCAAGCGAAGCAGACUCCAUCAGCCCACCAAGCGCAGCUCGUCUCGUCCCAUGAAAACGUCAGCCGGAGUAGAAGCCGGAGUAGGAGCAGGAGCAAGCAAAGAUGGUCGGGCAACUACUCCCCAAUAGUCUCUUCGAGAACCUCUGUUCACAUGGACGACGAGCUCGAGGAUGAAGACGAAGACGAGCAAGAGGCUCAAAGCAUCGCUGACCUCAAAGAUGAAGGGAUAUCUAUCGGAAACGAUGGAGAUGAAGUACGACAAAGGCGGCGCAAAGUAAUAGACCCUUUUGACGCCUCGUCUCAAUCACAGGAAGCCUCCCCACUGCCGCAUAUCAUAACAAAGCGGCUAGGUCCCGUCGACAACCUGUUAGCCGGGAGCGUUGCUAGUGGUGGGACAGGCGAUGUAGAUUCUCCGAUGCCAUCACCAGUUUCGUCAGGCGUUGGUGGUCAUUCGAGGAGAAGCUCGGCGCUGCCUGGGAACAAUUCGUCGCGCCAUGCAAGUUUGGCUCUACCGCCGCGACCUCCUCAACCCCAAUCGCCUCUACCUCUUCCUCCUGCCAACUCGCCGUCGCCGUCAAACUCGCAAUCACAUGCCGACAUUGAUGAUCGCAGCUUCCUUUUCCACAAGCCAGCUGCGCUUAGUGUCGAGCCGACCGCGGCAGAUAGAUCCUUGCAGCAUGCAUCGGUCAACGAUUUUCCACAGGGAAGACUUACAGAUCAAGCACCAACGCAAAGGCAGGAGCAGGGACAAGAAGACCAAGAAAGAAGGGAAGAGGAGCAAGAAAUGGAAGAUUCUGUGACCACCAUCCCGAACAUGUCGUCGUUGCCUAAAACGUCCCCAAGAUCGACGAUGAAUCCAAUGUUGCGACCUUUCCGCAAGGCGUCUGGUCCGGGGCUUCCCGUCGUCUCGUACGCUGGUGACCUCUUCCUAUCCGAGGUCGACCAAGAUUUGGACACAGGGCCCUUUUCCCCGAGUGACGAGAAUGGCGGGGGAGCGAGCGAGAUGAGAGAGUCGAUGGAACAGAUCAGGGAGGAGAAUUACUAUCCAGUGUCUGUCAAUGGACGCCAGAUCGAUCUUCACGACCGCCGUUCUCAUCAUGACCGUCAGUCCAGGGUGACGUCAGGCUCUGGCAGCAUUCACAGCACCGGGGGACACACGACGGCCGCGUCAAUCUCAGGCAGCAGCAUCUUCGACGGCUCACUUGCGAGCAGCGUGGGUGGAGGGCAGACGCAAGCAGCCGCCAAAGGCAGAAAAGGCAGUCUGAACCCUUUCUCGAAUCUGAGAAGAUCCAAAGCCAGCAGUCACACAGUCGACAGCAACGAGACGAGUUUGACGACGCCCUCAUGGUCGUCCUCCCACGCUGAGGCUCCUCGAAGGUCUCAGGAAUCCAAGGACGUCAACCAGAACGCCCGAAGUCCGAUCCAGCGAAAUGAAAGCUCCUUUGCAAACGCAAGUGAUCUCACGUCACGAGCCUCAACUGACGAGGGAGCCCGCAGUAGACUUGAGUCGUCCAAUGGAUCAAAUGCCGCCCUCUCCCUCUCGUCUUCCGGGGCAGCACCUGCUCUGGCGCAGAGAAAGACGUCUACGAAGAAAAAGGGGUCUAGCGGCAAAUCUUCCAUCCUCAAGAACAUGCCCUCCACAACUGCGUCGUCCGACCCUCCUUCGAUGUUGCUACAGCAGCAGUCGACGUCCCCUUUCGAUUUAAAGAGCCGAUCGAUCCCGUCAGUGGCUUCACGGACGUCAAUCGCCGAUGAUGCUGGCGAUGUGCACCGCAGAGCACCGUCGAUUGCGAGCACCUCGAGCGCUGGCGCCAUCACGGCAUUCAGCGGUAGCACUGGUGGCAGCAGCCGACUCCGAUCUCCGGUCCAAUCUCCAAUCGAAGUCGGCAAUGGAGACGAAGAAGCCGAGGCGGAAGUCGAUGGGCAGCAAGGGGAGACUGAUGGCUGGCAGACGUUUUCGCAGAUCUCCAGCCCUCAGAUUGGUUCAACUGGUCGGCCACCGACGCACCAUUACUUUGGACCUUCUUCGACGGGUAAGCCCCCGGUUCCGCAGCAGGAGACUUUUGGACGCAAGAGAAAUUACGGCGCAAGGCGUCGAUAGAAGGCCGGUUAGAAUAUUCAUCGCACACACUCGUUAUCCUGUAUAUACCGUACUGUACAGUAAUGUACUGUACAAGCUCAAGCUCGCCGAUCUUUCCUGUUUUUUGUAGCGUGCUCUACUCGUGCAAAUUGUUAGUAGAUUGACUACUGUCAC